AACGCUAGAGUAGUCUCCGCACCAUGGCGGGUCCUGUCAGUUUGAGAGAGCUUUUAAUGGGCGCUUCAGCUUGGACAGGCUCUGAAAGUCCCGAGGGGUCCCCUACAGAGGGUGGUGGGAGCGCGGCUGGCGGACCGGAGCCUCCUUGGCGGGAGGAUGAGAUCUGCGUGGUGGGAAUCUUCGGCAAGACGGCUCUGCGCCUGAAUUCCGAGAAGUUUUCACUUGUGAACACCGUGUGCGACCGACAGGUUUUCCCCCUAUUUCGCCGCCAAGAUCCUGGAGACUCGGGGCCUGGAAUCAGGACCGAGGCUGGGGUCGUCGGGGAGGCUGGUGGAGCCGGGGUCCCUGGCGCCGGGUCCGGUGAUCCAGUUCGGGGAGGUGUAGCUGUCGCGGAAGGGAACCGAACUGAGCCAGGUUCCCAGGACUACAGCCUUCUGCAAGCCUAUUACAACCAGGAAAGCAAAGUUCUGUAUCUUCUUUUAACUUCCAUCUGUGACAAUUCCCAGCUUCUCCGGGCUUGUCGGGCCCUUCAGAGCGGGGAAGCUGGAGGUGGCCUCCCUUUACCUCAUGCGGAAGCGCACGAGUUCUGGAAGCAUCAAGAGAAACUGCAGUGCCUCAGUCUCCUUUACCUUUUCUCCGUCUGUCACAUCUUGCUUCUGGUCCAUCCCACUUGUUCCUUUGACAUCACUUAUGAUCGAGUAUUCAGAGCCCUGGAUGGACUGAGACAGAAAGUACUGCCCCUCCUCAAAACAGCCAUUAAGGAUUGUCCAGUUGGCAAAGACUGGAAGCUAAACUGCAGACCUUGCCCACCUAGACUCCUUUUCCUCUUUCAACUCAAUGGAGCACUCAAGGUGGAACCCCCUCGGAAUCAAGACCCAGCUCAUCCAGAGAAGCCCAAGAAGCAUUCUCCCAAAAGGAGACUGCAGCAUGCCCUGGAAGACCAGAUUUAUAGAAUCUUCCGGAAGAGUCGUGUCUUGACUAAUCAGAGUAUCAACUGCCUCUUUACUGUGCCGGCCAAUCAGGCGUUUGUGUACAUAGUUCCUGGAAGCCAGGAGGAGGACCCAGUAGGCAUGUUGCUGGACCAACUUAGGAGUCAUUGUACUGUGAAAGACCCUGAAUCUUUGCUGGUCCCUGCACCCCUUUCUGGGUCCAGGCGAUACCAGGUGAUGAGGCAGCACAGCCGACAGCAGCUUUCUUUCCACACUGACACUAGCAGUUCCAGUUCUUCUGGGCAGCUAGUGGAUUUCACUCUUCGGGAAUUCCUAUGGCAGCAUGUAGAGCUAGUACUAAGCAAGAAAGGUUUUGAUGACAGUGUGGGCAGGAACCCACAGCCUUCCCAUUUUGAACUUCCUACUUAUCAGAAGUGGAUCUCAGCAGCUUCAAAACUGUACGAAGUAGCUAUCGAUGGGAAAGAGGAGGACCCGGGCUCUCCCACUGGGGAGCUAACAUCUAAGAUUUUAAGCAGUAUUAAAGUCUUGGAAGGGUUUUUGGAUAUUGACACAAAAUUCUCAGAGAACCGGUGCCAGAAAGCUUUACCCAUGGCCCAUAGUGCCUACCAGUCAAAUUUGCCUCAUAAUUACACAAUGACUGUCCAUAAGAAUCAGCUUGCCCAGGCUCUUCGAGUAUACAGUCAACAUGCUAGGGGUCCAGCCUUUCACAAAUAUGCCAUGCAGUUACACGAGGACUGCUACAAGUUUUGGAGCAAUGGCCAUCAGCUCUGUGAGGAGAGGAGUUUAACUGAUCAACACUGUGUACAUAAAUUUCACUCCUUACCUAAAUCAGGAGAAAAACCAGAGCCUGAUAGAAAUCCUCCUGUGCUGUAUCACAAUAGCCGAGCUCGAUCCACUGGUGCCUGUAACUGUGGAAGGAAACAGGCACCUCGAGAUGAUCCCUUUGAUAUCAAGGCAGCUAACUAUGACUUUUAUCAGCUUCUGGAAGAAAAAUGUUGUGGAAAAUUGGAUCACAUCAAUUUCCCAGUAUUUGAACCAAGUACUCCAGAUCCUGCUCCUGCCAAAAACGAAUCAUCUCCUGCCCCUCCAGAUGCAGAUGCUGAUAAACUUAAAGAAAAAGAACCUCAAACCCAAGGAGAGAGCACAAGCCUGAGUUUAGCUUUGAGCUUAGGCCAAUCCACAGAUAGUUUAGGUACCUAUCCAGCUGACCCACAAGCAGGAGGAGAUAAUCCAGAAGUUCAUGGUCAAGGAGAAGUAAAAACUGAGAAGAGACCAAACUUGGUUGAUCGGCAGGCAUCCACGGUUGAAUAUCUCCCGGGCAUGCUACACUCAAAUUGCCCCAAAGGUCUCCUACCUAAAUUCUCCAGCUGGUCUUUGAUUAAACUAGGCCCUGCUAAGUCUUAUAACUUUCAUACUGGUUUGGACCAACAGGGCUUCAUUCCAGGAACAAACUAUCUUAUGCCUUGGGACAUUGUCAUCAGGACUAGGGCUGAAGAUGAAGGAGACUUAGACACAAAUUCUUGGCCUGCUCCAAAUAAAGCUGUUCCUGGAAAGAGAAGUGCAGUUGUAAUGGGAAGAGGAAGACGGCGAGAUGACAUAGCGCGAGCAUUUGUGGGCUUUGAAUAUGAAGACUCUCGAGGACGAAGAUUUAUGUGCUCAGGACCUGACAAAGUAAUGAAAGUAAUGGGAAGUGGGCCCAAGGAAUCAGCUUUAAAAGCCCUGAAUAGUGAUAUGCCCUUAUAUAUUCUGUCAUCAUCUCAGGGUAGAGGGCUAAAACCACAUUAUGCUCAACUUAUGAGGCUUUUCGUUGUGGUUCCUGAUGCUCCUUUGCAGAUAAUACUAAUGCCUCAGGUUCAGCCAGGCCCACCACCAUGUCCAGUAUUCUACCCAGAAAAACAAGAAAUAACUCUCCCACCUGAUGGCCUCUGGGUUUUGAGAUUUCCAUAUGCCUACGUGACUGAGAGAGGACCUUGUUUCCCUACGAAGGAAAAUGUGCAGUUGAUGAGUUACAAGGUGCUCCGUGGGGUUCUUAAAGCAGUAACACAAUAAGUGUUUUCCAGCCAGUACAGUCCUAAACUGGAGCUGAUUUUUGGUUUUGGUGUGUAUGGGGUGAUUUUUGGUGUGUGAUACUGUGUUUUCUUGAACAUAAAAUGUGUUUUGGUUACAGGAGUUCAGUAUUUGGACAGUAAUUGUUCCACUGUUUCAUGAUAUUGUUGAUACUUAUUGUAAAUGGGGGUACAGCUUCCUAAUAAACAUUGUUUAUUCUAGAAAAGGACCUGAAAUACAUGGUUGAUACCUCUACUCUCUCUUUGUUUCUGUUUCACUGUCCGUAAUAAAACAUAUUUCUAUUAUAACUGAAUGUUGCAUUAUCAGGUUGAGCCAAAGCUUUGUUAUUGCUAAAAUGUUUUAGCUGGGAUUUUCCUUAAAAUGCUGCUCCUGAAAUUAUCUUCAAAUCAAGAUGAUCCAGGGCUUCCCUGGUGGCGCAGUGGUUAAGAAUCCACCUGCCAAUACAGGGGACACAGUUUUGAGCCCUGGUCCAGAAAGAUCCCACAUGC